AUGGCUGCCACCACCGUUCCGGAAGGCACGACGCAAGUCGUCUUCAGUCAGCUCAGAACUUUUAUUUCCAACAUUUUGACGAUUCCGGUUGAAAAUAUUGAAGAUACGUCUUCAUUUGUUACCCUUGGAGGAGACUCGUUCAAAGCAGUUCACCUGUACCAAAAAUGCGCUGAGCAAGGCCUGGGCGUCCGGUUCCAAGAUCUACUCCACAGGUCCCUGAAAGAAGUCGCCUCGCUAGCUUUCAGCAAUCAAGCAGGCUGUUCUUCGACCGAACAACUGAGACAGGGAGAUGGUAUAUUCCCGCAGAUGCCUCCCGACUAUGAUUUUGACAGGAUUUUUCACGAGUUGCGAGAGAAGCACAACGUGAGCGACGAUGCUGUCGAAGACGUUUAUCCUUGCAGCCCAAUGCAAGAGAGCAUGUAUAUUGGUCAGAAGAUGGUCUCUAAGCGACUGUACCGGACGCGUGGGCUCUUUGAGACUGAGGCCGAGUUUGAUCUGGAUCACUUCCAAACCUGUUGGAACGACAUUAUUCACCGUCACCAAACUCUCCGAACUGUCUACGUCGAAACCUCGGAUACCACAUCUGGCCGUCUCUUAGAUGCAGUUGUUCUCAAGUCUAAACCGGAACCUUUGGUCAUCGACCAUGUGAAGGAUCUGGAGGAGAUACGACGUCGAUUCGCAAACGGGGAUCUUGGGACAGUCAAUGCAGAUGAAGAGAGACAUCAGCACCAAAUCAUCGCUUACGUCGAUAUCCAAAAUCCAGGUCGAGUUUUAUUUCAGAUGGACUUAAACCAUUUGACCGUUGACGGUAGCUCCUUGAUGAUAAUCGUAGAUGAGUUGGUCAAAGGGUUGCAAGGCUCUCGGCUUCUUAGCCAAGCACCUGGAUACGAGAGAUACAUCGACUACUUACAGACCCAGACGGAUGAAGACGGCGCGCUCGACUACUGGGUCGACUAUCUGGACGGGACAGAGCCAUGUUCUUUCCCUGUCAUGAACGACAACCAAGCAGGCGGUGCCGGGUCUUUCCACGUCUCGGAGAUGCCUCUUGAUGUUGGUCUAGACGACAUUCGCGUCUUCUGCCAAAAGCAUAAUGCGACCAUAUCGAAUGUGCUGCAAGCUGUCUGGGCUCUUGUUCUUCACACUUAUACGGGCGAUCCGGAUAUCUGCUUCGGUUACCUCUCUUCCGGGCGAAGUCUACCAAUUCCUGGAGUGUCUCAAAUCGUUGGGCCGAUGAUGAACUUGCUAGUCUGCCGCGUCGGCGGAAUCGACAACAUGUCGCUCCAAGGUCUUCUCCAUACUAUCAGAGAAGACUUUUUAAACGCGCUACCACACCAAUGCUUCUCUAUUGGCAAGGUGCAGCGGAUACUCGGAACCAACGAAACCAAGCUAUUCAACACCAUCGUAACCUCGUAUUACUCGCCUUCCAUGUCCGACGCCACCGGCAGCACGUUUUUCAGGCUACUCUCGUCCCAUAAUGCCUCCGAUUUCGAUAUUGUGCUAAAGGUUGUCUACUCGGACUCGGAGAUUCAAGUGCGACUCGCUUAUUCGACCGCCACGUUAUCGUCGGCAAUGGCAAGCAACGUAUCGCAUACGUUUUCAAGCGUCUUAUCAAGGUUGAUUGAGAUGGACGAUGUGCAAGCUACCAUCGCUACAACAACCGCGAUUAGCAGGUGGGACAUGCAACAAGUCGCAACGUGGAACUCACGUAUGCAUGCUCCGCUGCCUGGUCCUCGAUUGACCUGCAUUCAUCGCCUGAUCGAGAAUCAAGUGCGGCUUCAGCCUGAUGCGCAGGCAGUCCACGCGUGGGAUGGACACAUGACCUAUAAAGAGCUCAAUGAAGCUGCUUCCAUUGUCGCUCAAGAGAUUUUGCAGCGGGGUAUUGGACCUGGAGCUUUUAUCGCGCUUUGCUUCGAGAAGUCAAAAUGGUAUUCCGUCGCCCUUCUCGGCGUCUUGAAGAGUGGUAAUGCCUUCGCGCCUGUUGACAUCUCGAAUCCCGAAAAUCGGCGACAGGAGAUCCUGCAGCAGUUGGCAAUCUCCACAGAAACUGGACUUGCCAUCUGCUCGAAGCAACAAGCGCCAUCAAUCAAGCAUUUGGUCGGUCAGGUCCUUCAAUUGGAUCUAGACCAGGCCACUCCGAAGAAAGACCAUACUAUUCCGCUACCAUCUGUUUCUCCCGACAGUCCAGCCUACGUCAUCUUCACCUCCGGUUCUACGGGCAAGCCAAAGGGAGUCGUUGUGGAACAUCGAGCAUAUGCAUAUGCGGCUCAAGCUCAUAGCGAUGGAAUACACAUCAAUUCCACUUCGAGAGUCCUUCAGUUUGCUUCGUAUGGGUUUGACACGAGUAUGGAAGAUCAUCUAACAACUUUCGCCGUCGGUGCCUGUCUAUGUGUUCCACGUGAGAACGACCGGUUGAGCUGCCCAGACUUAGCCAGGUUUGCAUCAGCGUCAGGGGCAAAUUGGGCACAUCUCACGCCUUCAUUCGCCGAGAUGUUCACGCCGGUUACACUACCGACGAUGAGAACCAUGGUUCUUGGUGGAGAGGCAAUGACUGCGAAAAACAUUCAGAGCUGGGCCUGUCGACCACACACAGAACUCAUCCAGGUUUACGGCCCAUCGGAGUGCAGCGUGACUAGCACAAUCAGUCCGCCAUUCACAAAAGACAUCAGCCCUACUACCAUUGGGUUCGCCGUUCCCGGGUGCGCAGCAUAUGUUGCUAGGCCUGAUGACUCAAGCAUCCUUCAAGCUAUUGGUGCAGUAGGUGAGCUCCUGGUGGAAGGUCCAAUUCUUGCAAGGGGUUACCUGGGCGAUCCUGCACAAACAUCAAUCUCGUUCGUUGAGGGCCUUGAUUGGGCACUUGGUAGAAGACUUUACAAGACCGGCGAUCUAGUCAAAUACGACUCUGCUGGUCAACUUCAUUUUGUCGGGCGAAGAGAUGGGCAGGUCAAGCUCAGGGGUCAGAGAAUUGAACUGGGAGAAAUUGAGCGACAGUUGAUCCUUGAGCCCAGAGUGCAGCAUUGCCUCGCCGUUGUUCCGAAGUCUGGGCCUUGUGCGAAGAGAUUGGUGGCCGUCGUCAUGCUCAAUGGCUCAAUUGUAGCGCCGCCCUCAAGCAUGUUUGCAUCACCUAUCAAGAUCCUGGACGCACCUUGGCUUGAGCAUAUCAACUACAUGAGAGGGUUUCUUCUUGACAAGCUACCGCCCUAUAUGAACCCAGAGCUAUGGUUCAUUCUAGAAUCCCUGCCAAGGAAUUCUUCGGGGAAACUCGAUCGAAAGGGGGUGAUUCAGUAUCUUGAAAGACUUACUCCAGAUGAGUUCGCCGGCUUGUUGCCACGUAUGGACGACGACAGCACUAAAAGAGAUGGUACGGAGCUGGAGACGAGGUUAAGGAGCAUCUGGAGUGAGGCUCUGAAUGUCAACGAGGACGAAAUUCGCUGGAACACCUCAUUUUACCACCUCGGUGAGUUUAUCAGUAUCAAUAUCGCGCGUUUCUCACGAGGCUCAUCAAACUAUCCAGGUGGAGAUUCCAUCUCGGCCAUGACCAUUAGCAGUAUGGCGAGGCAGACUGGGAUGAACAUAUCGGCUGCAGAUAUCCUUCGGUACCGGUCAAUUGAGCGCCUAGCCAAAUCAAUUGGAGCAGCUGCCUCGCCAGUUCCAGCACAGAUUAACACGUCCAUGGAUCCAGCAGGACCGCAAGCUUUUGUCCUUUCUCCCAUUCAGAAACUUCACUUCCAUACGUCGCCCAAGGGAGACGAUCUUGAUCAGCAGACCAUGGUCGUUGAAGUCACCCAGGCCGUAGACCAGCAAGAACUGCUGGCGGCCCUGGAAUCCCUCUUCAAGGCUCAUCCAAUGCUCUGCGCGCAGUUCAAGUGUCGCGAUGGCGAAUGGACGCAAUAUCUACCUGUUGGAUCUGCCAUUAGCGUCGUUGACUACUGUCGCAUAAGGUUCCACAGUCGGAAACAGCUCAACUACGUUGUCGAGUGCAUCAGCGAGGCCAAGAGGUCAAUCCAUCUCUCCGACGGUCCUCUCGUGGCCAUGGACUUAUUUGAGUCUCAGGGUCGCACCCUCCUAUCUAUGACAAUCCAUCACCUUGUCGUAGAUGCAGUGUCGUGGCGGAUACUCUUGCGCGAGUUGGAGUCAUACCUCCUCUUCGAGACGCCGAUCGCAGACGAAGCAACAUCAUUCCAACAUUGGACAUUAGAGCAACAUCGCUUCUCAUCGAACUUACUACCACACAGCGUUUUGCCUCCGUCGGCUCAUGCACUUGCCACUGAUUUGUCAUUCUGGGGCAUGGUAGAUGAGAGGAACUGUUUCGGGGACUGUGUUUCUCAUACCAUCACUCUCGACUCAUAUAUCUCUGAACAACUGGUUUCAGCGCAGGGAGUGCCUGCACGGGGAGCUCAUGAUUUGUUGUUGGCCUCUGUUAUUGACUCGUUUGUUGAGAUUUUCGAUCGCUCCCCUGGUUUGUUCAUUGAGUGUCAUGGACGAGAAAUCUUCGUUCCUGAGGUGGACCCGUCUACCACUGUUGGCUGGUUCACAACUUUCUCUCCCGUAAUCACAAACGGCUACGGCAACAUUCUCAACGAUGUCAGCGAGUUCCGUAACAAUGUUCCACUCAAUGGCUUAGCCUACUUCGCAUCACGUUUCCUGAGCACAGCUGGCAAGGAGGCGUUCGAGCACCAUCAUCCCAUGGAGGUAACUCUCAACUAUCUCGGGGUUUUCCAGCAAUUCGAGAAAGAUGGCUCUUUGUUCAAGAGAUGUAGCGACGAGAUCCAGGAGAGGAUCUCGGGCCUCAGAAACCAGCAACGUGCAGGGUCAUCGAGAUAUGCCCUGAUUUCAAUCUUGGCAUCCAUCAAAGAUAAUCAGCUGUCUCUGCAGGUUGAGUGGAACUCUCGGAUGCACCACCAAGAUCUAUUGGUAGGUUGGCUCCAUCAAUUUGAACAAAGUCUGAGGACAUUCGCUAGCGGCCUCGCGAACGAACACCAGCGCUUGCCUCCAUCCCCUUCGGAGCCUCUGGUUACCUCAGUUGGACUUCAACGUAAGGACCUCAACGCCGUCCUUAAUCUCGCUCAUUCCCGUCUCGGCAUCACGCGUACCGAGAUAGAAUCAGUCCUUCCUUGCUCUCCAAUUCAAGUUAGCCUCAUACUGUCGCAGCUGAAGGGUACAAGCAAUCAGUACAGCCAGCACUUCCUUUUCAAGCUGUCUGGGUCAAUGCCACUCAAUCCUAAUGACCUCAUAGCAGCCUGGAAGCAGAUUGUUGCGACGCACCAAAUAUUGAGAACUGUCUUCAUUGAAGAUGCGUUUGGAAGGUUUCUUCAGCUCGUGUUGAAGGCUGUCGACAUCGAAAUUCAGGUCCACAGGCUUCGGAGCGAGAGCGAUUUGCCAACCCUGUGGGCGGAGCAGUCUUCCUCGGUCGCAACUAAACCUUUGAGCGGCAAGAUACUCCAUGAGCUUCAGUUGUACACCGCAGAUGACGGUUCUGUAUACUGUCUUUUGGACAAAAAUCAUAUCAUCACUGACGGAGCGACUUCUCGCCUCUUGAUUCGAAAUUUCCUGGCUAUUUUGAACAAUCGCCCGCAACACGAGACCUACCCGUAUUCCAAUUACAUCGACUAUGUCGAGAAGCAAGAUACCUAUGAGAUCGCACAAUAUUGGUGCCGCUACUUGGAUGGGGCACCGUCAUGUCUGUUUCCAGUACUACGUCAACAUCGAUCGUCAUCAGUUCAAACUCUCGAGUUUACCCGCACAUCUUCCACUUUUCCCAAGCGCGAUUUAAGCUCAGCAUGUCGAAAGUUGGAUCUCACAAUUCCCAUCAUAUUCCAGGCCGCGUGGUCAAUGGUUUUGUCCACAUAUUUGAACUCAGACGACGUAGUCUUUGGUCUCCUCGGCCACGGUAGAGGCAUCCCGAUUCAGGGGGCGUCAGAGAUCGUGGGCCCGAUGGCCAAUGUCGUGCCCGUCAGAGUACAACUAAGUCCGAGGACGACGAUCUCGAAGAUCUUGACUAGAUUGCAAGAGGAUAAUAUUGAUCAUCUCACCAAACAGGCAGUUUCUUUGGCCCGGAUCCAACAUGCAGCCCGACGCAGUGGAGAUGCCUUAUUCAACACGAUUUUCAACUUCCAAAAGACGACCGCAACGCCGGAAUCGGAGAGGAUCAAAUCGGAGCUACUAUUUGUGCAUGACACAAGCGAGUUCGACAUCGCCUUGUGUAUCACCGAAGAUCCAGGGCAGUUUCAUGUAACCAUUGAGACUGCAACAUACUUCAUGUCUGAACUUCAAGGGGAGCGCAUUCUAGCUGUCUACUUGAACGCCGUGCAAGCUAUAAUCGACGACCCAGAGGCCCAGAUCUCGAAGAUAUGCCUCACCAGCGCACUGGAUGAGAAGCAGAUGCAGGAAUGGAACUCGUCUCAGCUCGAGAUCAAUGGGCGUUGUGUCCACGACAUGAUCUCAGAGACAGUCAACAGACAACCCUCGAGGCCAGCCAUCUGUGCCUGGGACGGCGAUUUGUCCUACGCCGAAGUGGACUCCCUAUCCACCAAUCUCGCGUCGCAACUCCAGGCUAUGGGAGUUGUGCCAGAAGAUAUCGUCGUUCUUUGUUUCGAAAAGUCAUUGUGGGCAGUGGUGUCAAUGCUUGCGGUGGCAAAGUCCGGGGCGGCAUUCGUACACAUUGAUCCAAAUAGUGCUGCUAAGAGGAAUAAGUCUGUGGUCGAGCAGACUGGGGCCAGGAUUGGGCUGUCUUCGUCAGAACAAUACAGCAAGCUGACAAGUCUCGUGGAAACACUUGUUGUCGUCGAGAAGACUUCCAUGGAGAAUUCUUCAAACUUUGCGAUUUCGCUUACCCAUUCUGUUACUCCUCUCAACACACUUUACGUCAUCUUCACCUCAGGAACAACAGGCACACCAAAGGGAGUGGUGAUCCAGCACAAGUCAUUCUGCUCAGCCGUGGCAUACAACACCUCCUGGCUGCAAAUCAAGCCCGAGUCCCGCGUCUUACAGUUCACAAACUUCUGUUUCGACGCCUCUCUCGAAGAGAUUUUCACCGUUCUUGCCGCGGGUGGUUGCAUCUGCAUUCCGUCCGAGGAAGAGCGCAUGUCCGACAUCCCCGGAUUUGUCGCGCGUAAGUGGGUGAACUGGGCUGCUUUCACGCCAUCUUUCCUCCGUACUCUUGAUCCCGACGAUUUGGAAUCCGUCAAGUUCAUCACCGUCCAUGCGGAGCCGAUGGGACAGGAUCUUGUGGCUCGAUGGGCUGGGAAGAUCCACAUGAGGCCUAGCUACGGGCCGACGGAGUGCUCAGUGACCAGCACCAUUGGAGCUCCGUUCAAGGUAGAUACAGUCGCUACGAACAUCGGUUGGCCGGUUGGGUGUCGCGCUUGGGUUGUACAUCCGGAGAACCACCACAUCUUGAUGCCCGUUGGGGCUGUUGGCGAACUACUUCUUGACGGGCCCAUUGUGGGUAAAGGCUACCUCAACGACGAGACCAAAACCGCGACCGCGUUUAUUGAGCCUCCCGCAUGGGCAUCUGACAAGAAAUUUUCACUAAAAGGUAAUAGAGGCACUCGAAGAUUAUAUAAGACGGGUGAUUUGGUGAGGUAUGCCGAAGAUGGAAGCCUCUUCAUCCAACGCAGGAAAGAUCACUCGCAAGUCAAAAUUCGUGGCCAGCGAGUUGAGCUUGGCGAAAUUCAAUAUCAUCUCAACAAUCUCUCUGGGAUCAUUGUGCACAGUAUGGUCCUGGUGCCGGAAUUGGGUAAACUCAAAGAGCGCCUUGUGGCUGUCGUGAGCCUGACAGUUUUAUCAUCGGAUCUCGAAACACGCGCUUACAACCAGGACAUUACCAUCGUCGAAAAGGAGAAUCUCAGUCAGGAGAUGCGCCAGAAGCUGACUAAUGCGCUGAAUACAAUGACUUCGGCGCUUGAGAGAGAGUUGCCUCAGUACAUGAUCCCGGAAAUAUGGCUCAUUGUCAAGAGCCUCCCAGUCCAGCUAUCACUCAAGCUAGAUCGGCAACGAGUCAUGAGCUGGGUAGGACAGAUUGACCAUCGAACCCUUUCGACCGCACUUGAUCUUCAUCAAGAUGGUGACUCAGAUCAUAAAAGUGGCUCUUCCACGGAAGAAACUUUGAGGGGCAUAUGGGCGGAAAUCCUUGGGCUUGAACCUCAUCGAAUUGGACUUGAGCAGUCGUUCUUCAGACUUGGAGGAGAUUCUAUCUACGCGAUGCAAGCAAUGAGACUCUGCAAAGCAGUUGGCCUCGACGUGACAACACAGGAUGUUCUCGCGAACCCAACAAUUAGGCUUUUGGCAUGCAAAGUUACGAAGCGAGCCACCAGGGCCGAAAUGGACCACGCCCUGCCUAGGAUAACAAGCAAUUCUGCCCCUGUACCGCACUCUGUCCUAGCUCACGACAAUGUCGAGACCGUGUCACCCUGCUCGCCGUUCCAGAACAGGAUGUAUCAAGCGUUCCUUAGCAAGCCUCAGAGACCAUACUUAUUCAACAGUCUUGUUUUGUUGAAUGCCAUUCAAGGUUCUCCGUCUGUCGACACCGGCGCGCUUCUGGGGGCGUGGCAACAAACCAUCAUUCGGCAUGCGAUAUUGAGGACUGUCUUUAUCCGCGACCUUGCCUCGGGAGCUAUCUUCCAGAGAGUGCUCAAAGAGCACAAGGCUGACAUCACCGUCCUAGAAGUCAGCUCAGUGGAAGAAGCCACGAAAGGAGCUAGGCUCCAUCUCGACACCGUUCGCUCGAAUUUAUUCAAGGACGACUCACCUCCAGUUUCGGUGCGCCUUUUUGUUGGUUCUUAUGGAGAGAUAUUCGUCCACUUCGUCAUGGGACACAUCUUGAUUGAUCAUGUGAGCUUGGCACACGUCUUCUGCGACUUUGUCACGCUCUAUUGUGAUCAGAGCCCAGGGGCAAAGCCUCUGACCGGUUUUCAUGAUUACAUCGAGCACAUCAACUCUCAGCGAGAUGUCCACGCAAGCAGUGAAUACUGGGUCGACAAGCUACAGGGCGUAAAGCCAUAUAUGGUCCCAAUCGAGACUUUGGUGAGAAGCGGCCCAGACCCUCAUACCAUGGGUUCCAUCAACUUCGUAGUUGAUAUCACAGUCGAGAUGAAGCAGUUUCUCUCCGAGGUUGGGGUGACUCUUUCGAACGUUCUUCAAUUCGCAUGGGCUAUGCUCCUCCAUGUUUACACUGGUCAUUCUACCGUGUGUUUUGGGCAUCUGGUCUCUGAUCGAGACAUUAACUUGCCGCACGCGGAUGAGGUUGUCGGACCAAUGCUAUCAAUGAUGAUAGCCUGUGCUAGUUUUGACGAUUCGACGAUGAUUAUCCAGGCCCUGCAGGCCUUCCAAGAUGAGAACAUCCGCAGCCUGAACCACAAGACCUUUGACUUGACCGAAGUCGAGCGUCAGCUAGGGUGCGAAGGUACUGGACUUUUCAAUACGCUAGUCAACCACCGAAAGGUCAAGUACUCGGAUGAUGAUAUCGAGAUUGGGUUCCGAUCAAUCUGGAAGCAGGAUCCCCACGAGGCAAGUCAAAAGCCAUGCUCUUGA